AUGGAGCCGAGCCCAACAAGGAGGACGAGCGCAGUAGACGCCUUGGGGGGACGCAUCCUCAGCGCCAACGAGGUCCUCCGGAGGAAGGUCGUCCUUCCCGCGCAGCGCUUCCUCCCGCCGGGCCGGCGAGCAACCCAUCGACCGGACGAGGAAGCGACGCGGGACCAAGCGCCGCCGAGCGAUGGAGACGCAGCGCAGCUUACGACGACCUUGGGCGCGCUCUUCUUCCUCAAGGACGAGCCAACGGCGAUGGACGACCUGACGUUCGACUGGAGCCCGUUCGCCAACUCGUUCACGCUCCUCGCUCGACCUGCAUGA